UGGGGAAAGAAGGGAAGAGGCACUGUGUUCCAGAGCACGUUCCAGAGCACGAGAGUGCAUGCGGGUGGGGGAGGGAGGCUGCCAGGAGCAGGUAAGGUGGGCAGGAUGAGACUUUGGGGAAAGAGAUUGGCAGGGAAGGGGCGAAUGCCAAGGGAGCACAGGAGGCGAGAUAGAGCUGGGGGUAGGGCGGUGCCAGGUGUGGGCAGCACCAGGGACAGGUAGCUUGGGCAGGGCCUGGGGGGCAGUGCCUGGGUGGGUUGCACCAGGGAAGGGGCAGGGCCACUGCCCGAUGACCUCAUGGCAGAUCCCCAGAAGGGCGGAGCCAAGCAGUGAAGAUUUUGGGUCUGGCAGCCCGUGGGAGGUGGCCACUGCGAGGACUGGCUGUGCUCACUGCCCCGGGCCCGGCCCCGGCCCCAACCGAGAAAGAGAAGGAGAAUGGAGGAGGAGGGAGGUGAGGCCCGCGCCUGCCCCCAGGCUGGGACCCAGGCGGGGACAGAGUGUGCCAAAGCCCCGGGGCGCCCCGUAGACGGGCGGGGCGCACACUGGACUCUGAGCCACCAGAUCAAGGUCACGGCCAGGGGCGGAGCCGAGUAGGGAGGCGGGGAGAAGGGCGGGAAGAGCUACCGCUCCGCAUCUUCAUAGGUCCUUGCAGGCUUGGGGGACGAGGCCUGGCCUAGGAGGCGGGAAAGCACCGGUCUUUCGUUCUUAUAGGCCCUAGUAUAGCUGGGGGUGCGGUUAAAGGCGGGACCAGCGUCCGUCCUUCGCCCUGAAGGACCUGAAAGGAGGGCCAGGGUCUAGGUGCAGGGGGAAUCCCAUCUUCCUCCCGCGGAGGCUCAGGUUUUCCAGGUCUUCGGCUCCAAUGGCUCGGGGACACAUAGCUAGGUUCACGGACUGAACUGGGAACUGUGCUUGGAGAGAGGCGGGAUGUUGAAGGGGCAGGGGCGGAACUCGCAUCCAGAGAGCCACGUGCCGAAUCAGGCCCCGCCCCUUUGCGAAAUGAGCAUGCUCAGAACAGGGUCGGGAGAAGGCCGACGGACUGAGGCGAGAGGGGGUGGGGCGGGAAACGGCGAAGGGGAGGAGCGGAAGCGGAAGUGGAAGUACGUUAUGGACGUCCGCCUUCAACUUGCGUGCUACACUUCUGCGCACGUGUGGCCCUCGGUUUUCCGCCGGUCUCGCGCCGGCUUCUCUCUCGCCGUGGUUCGGACUCUGUCGCUUCCCGCUACCCACCAUGGCUGGCAUCCUGUUUGAGGACAUCUUCGACGUGAAGGACAUCGAUCCUGAGGGCAAGAAAUUCGACCGAGUGUCCCGACUGCACUGUGAGAGUGAAUCCUUCAAGAUGGACCUCAUCUUAGAUGUUAACAUCCAGAUAUAUCCCGUGGACUUGGGUGACAAGUUCCGGCUGGUGAUAGCGAGCACCUUGUAUGAAGAUGGGACCCUGGACGAUGGGGAAUAUAACCCCACGGACGACCGGCCCUCCAGCUCUGCCUAUGUGUCUUAUGGGGGCCUGCUCAUGAGACUCCAAGGGGACGCCAACAACUUGCAUGGCUUUGAAGUGGACUCCAGAGUGUACCUCCUGAUGAAGAAGCUGGCCUUCUGAGCUGCCUGGGGAGGUUUUGCUGCAUCCCUGCUUCCUGGCUGGCAUGACCUGGGCAUUAUCUCCAGCGUGAAGAGGGAUCAGUGAGGCACAGCCCCAUUCUCUGGGCUCGUUCUUCCUUCACCCGAUGGACUUGGGGCCACCCUUGGUUGGUCCAAAUUAAGUGAAAAACUGUCUCUGGGCUCCUGCUUGGGCUCUCCAUGGGAAGUGCUCAAGCUGAGCUGCAGAUAUUUUGUGUUCAAUUAAAUUCUGCUGUUUUGUA